GUACACGGACCUACCCCAGAUGCGUCACUGUACGACUCCGUUUCAAGAGGAAAAUCGAUUUAUUGAGAACAAAGAGUAUUUUGAUUGCCACUAGAAUGCAAUCAGCAGCCUUCCAAAGGAAAAUUUUCUUUUAGAAUCUCUGAAAUUAUGACAUGCUUCAGUUCCUUGCGUCCUUGAUGGAUCAUUAACUAAAGUAAACUAAUCUUUAUUGUAUGCUGAAUGCAUUAGAGCUGACAUGACUCCUGCCAACUCCACGAGAGAUGCUUGAAUAAUCCCUCUGAACCACUGAUUGUUGGAGUGACAAAUCUGGGAGCGAUGGAGGACUAAGAGCUGGAACCAUUAUUUUUGCCAUCCCACACACUUUUUCUUGUUUUUGCUAACGGUUCAUACAUAACUGGACUGGAAGAAAGGACAUUAAACUUCAGUGGGAUUUGCAUGAUCUGCGUGGUUUCUAACCAAAGGUCAGAAAAGUGUUCAGUUCCUUGAGUCUAAUGGCUGGAACCGGUGGCCCAGUGGCCACUUUCUCCGUCUGGGAUUAUGUGGUGUUUGCUGGUACAAUCGUGAGCGCAGCUGGCAUCGGCCUUUUCCAAGCCAUCCGAGGUCGCAAGGAGACCAGCAGCGCUGAGUUUUUGUUGGGUGGACGGCAAAUGACAGCUGUACCAGUGGCCAUGUCUCUAACAGCAAGCUUCAUGUCUGGCAUCACGGUCAUCGGCACGCCAGCUGAGGCUUACCGCUUUGGUGCUGCCUUUUGGCUCUUUGGGUUUUCCUACGCCAUCAUGUCUGCUAUCACUGCUGAAAUCUUCGUUCCACUUUUCUACCGUCUGGGGAUCACUAGCGCCUACGAGUACCUGGAGAUGAGAUUCAACCGGCUCAUUCGACUAAUUGGAACAUCAAUGUACAUCGUGCAGACGGCUCUGUACACCGGCUUAGUCAUCUAUGCUCCAGCUCUCGCACUAAACCAAAUCACAGGGCUGGAUCUCUGGGGAGUCCUGGUGGCUACAGGAGCAGUGUGCAUCGUUUACUGUACUUUGGGUGGUCUAAAAGCCGUCAUCUGGACAGAUGUGCUGCAAAUGGUGAUCAUGCUGGCUGGAUUUGUGGCUGUGAUAGCUAGAGGAGCUGUACUGCAGGGAGGCCUGACAAAGAUUUGGCAAGAUGCUGCUGAAGGAGGCCGACUCGAUGCUUUUGAUUUUGACCCAGAUCCUUUGAAGCGACAUACUUUCUGGACCAUAGUGGUUGGGGGAAGCAUAAUGUGGACGUCUAUCUACUCAAUCAACCAGUCACAGGUUCAGCGUUACAUCUCCUGCAAAACAUUAGGACAUGCCAAGAUGUCUUUGUAUGUCAACAUGGUUGGUUUGUGGGUCACGGUGUCUCUGGCUGUUUUCUCUGGCCUCACCAUGUACUCCAUUUACAAGAACUGUGACCCACUUUCAAAUGGUGACAUAGGAACUCCAGACCAGUUGCUGCCCUACCUUGUGAUGGACAUUCUGGCAGCCUACCCUGGAAUCCCGGGCCUGUUUGUGGCAGCAGCAUACAGCGGUACCCUGAGCACCGUGUCCUCCAGCAUUAAUGCUCUGGUUGCCGUCACUGUGGAGGAUUUCAUUUUCCCACUUUGCAAAAAUCUGACACAGAAGCAAGUGACUUGGUUGAACAUGGGCCUCAGUGUAUUCUUUGGAGCGCUGUGUAUUGGAAUGGCUGGGGUUGCUUCAGUGAUGGGAAGUGUCCUGCAGGCAGCUCUUUCCAUAUUUGGAAUGAUCAGUGGACCUCUUCUUGGUCUCUAUCUUUUAGGCAUGCUUUUCCGCACAACCAAUUCGAUUGGAGGACUUUCAGGAAUGAUCAUUGGUCUUGCGUUGACUCUGUGGGUGGGGAUUGGGGGCCAGAUUUACCCACCAACAGAUGAGAAGACUAAACCUCUCUCUGUCAGCACCUCAGGCUGCAACAACUCCCAAAGCAACACAACAGCAUCUCCCUGGACCAGUCCUGUGACCCUGACUCAACAGCCCGAUUUCAGGCCUCCGAUAGCAGACUCUUGGUACUCGCUGUCCUACGUUUACUUUUCUUUAUUCGGCAUGCUGACCACAAUGGUGUCUGGCCUGCUGCUGAGCAUGAUCACAGGUGGAUGCAAGCAAGAAAAGCUGAACUCUGACCUGUUUGUCACGAAGAGUGAUUUGAUAUGCUUCACUUGUUGCCGUAAAUCAGAGGCAUCGGAAGGGACAGAAAAGGCUUCGACAGAUCUUCACAUGGGCGUGGACAACUUGGCUUAUACAGACAUUGAUGUAAUGAGCAAAGAAUCAGAAAAAGCCACUAAACUCUAGCGCUGCUGUAACUGUACAUGUGCAUUCUCCAUUCUGUGUAUUCACUCUGUUGCUAAUCAUGUUGUGUUUUGCACCUAGUGUUAUGAAAUUCAGUUUUUAUUACAUUUUAGGAGACGUCUAAAGUCCUGGGAAAUGCAGCUGAACUAAAGAGAAAAGACAGAUGUUACCACAUCCUCAAGGCCACACUGACUGAACUUGAUGCUUUUUGAUAUUGUGGCCAAAAUAUUUUGCACGUUUGCAUAUUUACUACCUGAACACAGUCUUUCCUUUGAAGCAGAAACAGAGAUCUACUGAAUGUUGGAUAUUGUUUUUACAAUUCUCUUGAUUUAUCAAUGAUGUGUUGAAUAAAUUUUUGUUUAUUAACUGAUUAUUUACAAUAAUAAACAUUUUGUGUGAAGUUUAAA